AUGGCACAGCGCGCGGUGAUGACGUUUCAUCACAUCCUUUCGGCAAGAAAGAUCACCCAACUGCAUGCAUGGUCUGGCGAGCUGGGUCUGCAAGGGAUUAUCAAGGUGGGCUACCCCGGCCUGCUUCUCCUUGCCGAUCGGCCCGAGCGUGCCGCGUCGCACGUCGCAGAGUACGUGCGGCGCGUGAAACGGAUGCGGUGGCAGACGUGCGAGCUACGCAUCCUCGAAGACGCGCCGUCCGUGCCGGCACUCUGUGCACUUCAGAAUGCGUUGGCCGGUGCACGCAACUCGCACACCGCGCGUCGCUCUGCGCUCGCGCACCUCGAUACCCUGAAACAAAUCGCGCCUAUUCUGCGCGACGCCGACUAUGCUGGGGCGCAGCGCAUGCAGGAGGACGUGGAUACGCCGCGGUUCGAUUCGUGGGAAGCCUUCUACCGCCGCGCCAUGCGUCCGUAA